GGUUUGAUCCAACAAUUAAAAUUAUGGUAGCCACUGCACCCAAUAACAAGAAAUCAAGUGGAGGAUCAGCACUUAAACGAUUAAAAACAUCACUUCAAGCAGCUGGAGUGGUUGGUCAACAAUCCAAAGCAAGCAGAUCAAAAAAGGAUCGCAAGAAAGGUAAACCUAGUGAGGUUGGCAAAAUGGACAAUUCAGCAAAGUUGGCUCUUAUUCGUGGAGAAUUCAAUCCUUAUGAAAUGAAAACAACUCGUACCAAAUUUGAUGUGGUUGGACGCAAGAUCAAAGGUGUUACUGGGAAGCCUACUUUAUCAAAACAAGUUGGUGAAGACAACCGUAAGAAAACUCUUCUAGUUGAAAUGCGAAACAAGAAUCGUGUGGGUGGUAUUAUUGAUAAACGUUUCGGUGAAAACAAUCCCAAUUUGACUCCUGAAGAAAAAAUGCUGGAAAGAUUCACCCGAGAACGUCAGCGUGCUGCCCGAUCAUCAACCUCACUCUUCAACUUGGAUGACGAGGAUGAAAUGAAUCUAACCCAUUACGGACAAUCUUUGGCAGAUAUUGAUGACUUUGAUGACACUGGAUUGACCCUUAGUGAUGACGAAGAUAAUGGACAAUUGGAUCGUAGUAUUGUCAACAAGAUGCAUUUCGGUGGUUUCGGUGAUGAUGAUCAAGAAACAAAUGAUGGAAGUGAUCGACCUAAAUCCAAGAAUGAAGUCAUGAAGGAACUUAUUGCUAAAAGCAAAAUGCACAAAUAUGAACGACAAAUGGCUAAACAAGAAGAUGAUGAUAUUCGUGCUGGAUUGGAUGAAGAACUCAAAGAUAUCCGGGCUCUUUUGAAUACUGACAAACGCAAACCUCUUCCAUCGCAGAAUCAGCUAUUUGCCAAAACAGAAAUUGAAAACAAUAUCAAAGCCGAGCAAGCUGCUGAACAAAAGGAUCAUCAAGUAGAAAAGGACGAUGAUUAUGAAGAUUAUGACAAGGCUCUUCGUGACUUGGCAUUUGAUCGACGAGCUCAAGCUACUGAUAGAACUAAAACAGAAGAAGAAUUGGCUUUGGAAGAAAAGGAAAAGUUGGAAAAGGCUGAACGUGCAAGAAAACGACGUAUGGAAGGAUUGGACUCUGAAUCUGAAACUGAAGGUGAUCGAUUCUCACAUAGACGUGGAGCAAAGAAACAACGUAAGUCUACAGGUGGUCCUGAUGCUGAUGAUUUGGAGGAUGAUUAUGUUGAAGAUGAUCAUGAACAACUUGGUACUGGUCUUACCUUGGAUGAUAUUCAAAAUGGUGCCUAUGAUCUUGAAGCUGAUAUGGAAACUGGCGAUGAAGGAUCUGGGGAUGAAGAUGAAGAAGAAGAUGAAGAUGACGACGACGAAGAAGAAGAUGAUGAUGAUGAAUCAGAAGUGGACGAUUUGGAAGGGGAUGAAAUACCAGACUUUGGCGAUGAUGAUGAUGAUGAUGACAUGAAUCAAAUUGGACAACAUGGAAAAGUGGUUACAAAAUCUAAUAAAAGCAACAAAAAGUCCAAAACUUCUAAUGGCGAAACAACAGGCGAAAUUCCAUAUACAUUUGAAUGCCCCGAAUCACAUAGCGACUUUUUGGCAAUCAUGGAUGGUCUCAAAUUGGAAGAUACUCUUACUGUAAUCAAGCGUAUCCGUGUUUUGUAUCAUAUCAAAAUCUCUCCCGAAAAUAAACAAAAGAUGUCAGUCUUCUUCAAUGUCUUGGUGGAACAUCUAGGUUAUAUUGCAUCAACAGUUAGUCCCUUACCUAUAAAGUUACUGGAAGCCCUAAAUGGUCAUAUCUUUGAAAUAGCACAACAAAUACCAGAAGCUGCUACUGAAGUCUAUAUUACUAAGGUUAAGCAAAUGCAAAACAACAUGGCGAAGAAAAUGCGAAACAGUUUGAAGUCAUCUUGCUGGCCUGAUGUAGAAGAUUUGACUAUUUUACGCUCUCUAGGUCAAGUUUUCUCUACUUCUGAUUUGAAUCAUUCUGUGGCUACUCCUGCUUCUCUCUUUAUGGCUCAAGCUUUAGCUCAAUGUCCUGUGCGUACUGAAGUUGAUAUUGGUCGUGGACUUUUCUUGACACAGUUAUUCUUGGAGUAUCAAGCAAUUUCAAAAAGAUUGGUACCAGAAUGUCUCAACUUUUUACACCGUGUAUUGGCCAUUUUGACCCCAUCAAAUGCUUUCACUGAUGAACAAAUACCUGGCAUAUUCCCAAUGACUGAAGAGACAACCAAAUUGAAAAUCAAGGAUACACAAGGUAAAGGGUUAGAAUCUCUUAAAUCAAUUUCUUUAGAUCAACUGGUGGAUGAAGAUGGAUUCGACAAGAAAAAUACCGUACGGCUCUCUCUUGUUCAAGCAUCUUUACGUUUAUUGGAACGUUAUCUUCAAUUAUAUGCAUCAACACCUGCUUUGGUAGAAGUCUUUGAUUCUUCUCUUUCUUUAAUUCAACAACUUCAAUCAUUGACUUGGCAUAAGGAUCUGAAGACCUUGAUGGAUCACUUACAAGAUCGAUUGGAACGACAAAUCAAAUUCUGUAUUGAAAAACGACUCAAGACACCUUUACGAAUGCAACAACAUCGUCCAGUACCAAUUGCACAACAUUUACCCAAGUUUGAAAAAGGAUACUCAAUGGAUCGUCAUUAUGAUCCUGAUCAUGAACGAGCUGCCACCGCCAAAUUGGAAGCACAACUCAAGAAGGAAAAGAAGGGUGCCAUGCGUGAGUUACGAAAGGACAAUAUGUUUAUGGCUCGUGAAAAGGCAAAGAUCAAGAAACAAAAGGAUGAAGACUACAACAAGAUGAUCAAGGGUGUCAUGACGAUCUUGGAAGGCGAUCAAGCUGAAAAGAAUAGGUUGGAACGAGAAAAGAAAAGAAAAUAGAUUGUCCCCACUUUUUGGUAUCACUGCAUCAUUUGAUUAGAUUUUUUUUUAUUUUUUUAUUUUUUUUAUUAUUAUUAUCCCCUCUUACUUUACAAUGUACAUAGAAACGCAG